GGGGCACAAUGGUGAAGAAACUUACCUGUAGUUUGAGAUAGAUUUAGGAGGGAGAAAGCAUAGCAUUUCAUAUAUAUCCAAGGGAGAGCAUGGGUUAAAACAAGUUGAGGAAAACAGAUUUAGGGUGAGAUGUGGUUGGUGUGUUUCCAACUAACUAGGAACUUUUAACAGUUCUAAAGUCUAGAUGUCUGUGUCCCUAUUGCAGAGGUAGCAGUGAGUCUCAGUGACCCAGGUUUGACUCACAGUGGGCCCCCACUCACUACGGAGUAUUGAGCAAGUCCCUGGUUGCCUGUGGGCCUCAGUUAUUCAUCUGGGCAAUGGGAAUUGGGAGGUAUGUCAGUUAGCUAUUGCCUUGUAACAGACCAACCCACAAAUUAGUGAUUCAAGCAAGUGGUUUGUUAUUCUCUGAGUUUGUUGAUCAACUGGUGAUUCUGCUGAGCUGGGCGUGGCUAGGCUUACUCAGGUAUCUACAGACAGGUGGGUCUGUUCAUCUUGGCUGGCCUCUUACCUGCGUAAGGGCCUGAACAGGGACAGCUGGGCUGAGCAGGUUCUACCCCUCAUGGCCUUAUCCUCUGGAAGGCUAGCAUGGACUUCUCAUGGCAGCGUCAGGGUUCCAGGAGCGAGUGAAGACAAUUUUCUUGCAGCUUAGGCUCAGAACUAGCACAACAUUCCUUGCACUGUGUUCUGUUCGUUAAAACAAGUCACAAAGGUUAGCCCAGAUUUACAGGGGUGAGGAAAUACUCUAUAUAUAUAGAGUAUUUCUAUAUACUUUCAUCUGAAAGGAGGAGCUGCGACGUUAUUUUGCAAAGAGCAAAGAUAUAGAAAGAGGUGAAGUUUUGGGAUCAUUUAUGUAAUCAACUUAUCUUGCAUGGGUGACAAACUCUCCCCUAACCCAUUUAACAAUGACUUACACAAAUGGAGAGAUGUGUUAUUUCAUGGAUGAGAAGACAAUUACGUAGAUGUGAAUUCUCCACAAAUGAAUUUUUGGAUUAAAAGCAAUGCCAAAUAAAAACAAACAAAACUCUCUAACCUUAAGGAGAGUGUAAGGGUAGUUGGGGGCCUCUGAGGUGGUAGGGGGCUCAGACAACUGAGGUCAAAGACCUGUAAGUGCUUUAAAAAUUAUAAAGUUCCCCAUAGAUAGUGCUUCUGAGUGUGGUGUCCUACCUCAUCUGUGGGACUGAGUUCCUUGAAGCAAGGCUGUGCCCCGCUCUUGCCCUCCGCUUCUGUGCUGAAGAAAUGCUCACAGAAAUGAAAGGAAAUGAAACAAGAAGUUACUGGUAACAGGAGCACUCUCUCUGUUCUCCCCAGAACAGACUUCAAACUCUUCGGAAUCUGAGCAGCUUCCUUCCCUUCUGCAAGCUUUCCUCCCCAUCCUUUUAGCCUCGACCCCACCUCCAACUGAACUUGGCAAGGUAUUUACCUGUCUUCCCACUUGACCCCUGAGGACACAUAAGGAUGGCUUGCUCAAGGUCGCCAACUAGUGGGGGAGGACCCUGAUCCUGCUCAGGAAAUCAGGGCCUGCUUGAGUGACUGCAGGUGAAAGUAACCCUCCCUUACAUGCCCCACCAGAGUGCAGGUACAUGCUGUCCUGGCUCCUGGAAUCGUGUGGUGGUGACUUAUUCACAGAUGCUUUUCUGAUAACACAGGUGGAGACCUGGAAGCCCAGCCCCACUGGAUCCUCACAUCCACCUGCUCUUCCAUUCCAGUCUCUGCCUCCAGCUUUCCUCUCCCAACCCUCCUCUAUAUUGCCUUCCCAAAACCUUGCAGCACAUCUCUGGAUUGCAUCACAUGUCUGCUUAAAAUAAUAAUGAGUUAACAUUUAUUGAGCCCUUACAGUGGGCCAGGUGCUGUUCUGAGCUCUUCCUUUGAAUUAACUCAUUUAAUUUUAACAAUUCUAUGAAGCUGUCGCUACUAUUAACCCCUAUUUUGCAGAUAAGGAAACCGAGGCACGAGAUUGCAGUGACUUACUGAAGGUUACAGAGUAAGUGGCAAAGUUAGGAUUUCAACUCAGGUGUUCUGGUUCCCAAGCUUGGGCUUCUCAGACCAGAAAACCCCUCUCUGUAGGUCUCUAUUCUGAUAAUAAAGAAUAAUCGUAUGAUGAUUAACAUGCAUGGACUGCUUACUAUAGGCUAGGCCCUGUUUUGGCUGUAUUUCAUGUAUUAACUCGUUUGAUUCUUACAAUAGUACUAGAGAAUUGGGAGGUACUAUAAAUCCUCACUUUACAGGUAAGGAAACUGGGGCCCAGUCACACAGCAAGGAUGGGUUACAGACACUCCAGCUCCAGAGGCUUCCCCAAGGGUCCAGCAUCCAAGGCUCUUCCGAUUCAUGCUGCAUGAUCUCUGCAUUUCCACGAAAGCAUGUCUUUUGUUUCUUGGUCCAUGCAUGUUUUUCCUUCUCAACAGACCUUGAACUCCACAGGCUAGAUUUGAGAUCAGGUACCUCCUUCAGUGUCCCCAACUCACAGCAAGAACCUCACAGACUCCUAUUAAUCUUGUGAGGUAGGCAUUUCCCUUUUUGAAGAAAAGGCCCAGAUUCCCUUUUAGAAGAAAAGGCCCAGAUUCAGAGAGGUAAAGAUGGAACUGGAUGGACAGCAGUGUUUUGGCAGACAGCGCUUUCCAGCUGCCAAACUUUGCUGCAUCCCAUCCCACAGAGCCUCAUUUCCAAGAGCAGUGGUGGUAGUAAUUCUUGACAGUUAAGAGCAAUGGCUUAGGAUUAGACCUGAGUUUAAAUACCCACUCAGCCACCUGUGUGACCCAUAGAAUUAAUUUAACCUCUUUUGUCCUCAGUUGCCUCAUCUGUAUAUGAGAAUAAUGAAAAUGCUUUCCUCAUAGGUCUGUUGGGAGGACAAAUGAGAUAAAGCAUAUAAAAUCCUGUGAGAAAGGCCUAGAUGGGAGAAGUAUUGUGUGUGUGUAUAUAUAAUCCCCCCACCCUCCCUAACGAAGGGUGUCAGGUCCCCAGACAGAAGCAGUUCUUACUACUUCAUGGGUGUGAAAUCCAGGAGGGCCCAGGACUGGAAAAGGGUGACACUAGGAAGGCCAGUCCGCGGGAGUGGCUGAGCAAAAGGACAAGUGAUGAGGGGUUUGGUCAUGCAGAAGAGCCCAGGGCAAGAGACACAUGGUCCCUGGGGUGAGGAAGGGGGAGGGGGCAUCAGGUGCGCUCCCGGAGAACUUCCUGCGCUCCGGAAGCCUUGCUCAGGGGAGUGGUGGGCGCCCUGCUGUGCACCGCCCAACGCAAGGUUCUCCAGGAAAGAUCCUGCUAAACUGUUUGCGGGGAUUAAUCAGGUCCGCGGGCCCAAUCUGUCCGUCGCUGCUCCCGGUCCUCUUGACCAGCCUUUCAUUCAGGGAGCUCUAGCUGGGCCGCAUCUUCCUGAGUCGGAGCUCUACGAUGCUGGGGCGGAGGCUGGAACAGACCGCGGAGCCUAACCGCUGCUAGGCUCGAGCUUCCGAGGGCGCCCACGAGAAGUGGGUUCUCUGCCGGAUCCUCCUGCUUCGCCAGGCCCAGUGUUUGAGGACUUAGGAAGCUGCCCCAUCCGAGCCGCUGCACUUGACCUUGACCGUUGUGCGCCGCCAGCCUCGGGCCGGCUGCCAGGCAACGGCGCUCUCCCCAGGACCGCCCUCCUCCCUCCCCUCCGGCGCAGUUGGGCGCUGGAUCCCCGGCUGAUCCAGGCCGGGUUUUGCGGCAGAGUCCGCGGGUGCUGAUUCCUCAUCUGUUGCCCUCGGCGGCGGGCGGCGGCGGCGGCGGGAGACCAUGGUGCUGGACGAACUGUGGGCUGCGCUCUCCGGCGUCUCUGGGGCUGCCCUGGCCUGCUGCUUCGUGGCGGCGGCCUUGGCCCUGCGCUGGUCCACUUGCCGGCCGGCGCGGGGCGCGGCGGCCCGGGUGCGACAGAGGCAGCAAGCGACCCUGAAGACCAUGGACCAGGCGGCGCAGCGCUUCCGGCUUCAGAACCCUGACCUGGACCCGGAGGCGCUGCUGGUCCUGCCCCUGCCUCAGCUGGUACAGAAGUUACAGAGUGGGGAGCUGUCUCCGGAGGCUGCGCUCUUCACCUACUUGGAAAAGGCCUGUGAAGUGAACAAAGGGACUAACUGUGUAACCACCUACCUGGCGGACUGUGAGACUCAGCUGUGCCAGGCCCCAAAGCAGGGCCUGCUCUAUGGUGUUCCUGUGAGCCUCAAGGAGUGCUUCACUUACAAGGGCCAUGACUCAACAUUGGGCUUGAGCCUGAACGAGGGGGUGCCAGCAGAGUGUGACAGCGUGGUGGUACAGGUGCUGAAGCAGCAGGGCGCUGUGCCCUUUGUGCACACCAACAUCCCCCAGUCCAUGUUCAGCUAUGACUGCAGUAACCCCCUCUUUGGCCAGACCAUGAACCCAUGGAAGUCUUCCAAGAGCCCAGGUGGCUCCUCAGGGGGUGAGGGGGCCCUCAUUGCUGCUGGAGGAUCCCCACUGGGCUUAGGCACUGAUAUCGGAGGCAGCAUCCGCUUUCCGUCCGCCUUCUGUGGCAUCUGUGGCCUCAAAACCACUGGGAACCGCCUCAGCAAGAGUGGCCUGAAGGGCUGUGUCUAUGGACAGGUAGCAGUACAGCUCGCAAUCGGCCCCAUGGCCCGGGAUGUGGAAAGCCUGGCGCUGUGCCUGCGAGCGCUGCUGUGUGAGGACAUGUUCCGCUUGGACCCCACCGUGCCCCCCCUGCCCUUCAAGGAGGAGGUCUACACAAGCUCUCGGCCCCUGCGUGUGGGGUAUUAUGAGACUGACAACUAUACCAUGCCCACCCCAGCCAUGAAGCGGGCCCUGCUGGAGACCAAGAAAAGCCUCGAGGCUGCUGGCCACAUGCUGGUUCCAUUCCUGCCAGGCAACAUACCCCACGCUCUGGAGACCCUGUCGACAGGUGGGCUGUUCAGUGAUGGCGGCAGUAGCUUCCUACAGAACUUCAAAGGUGAUUUCGUGGACCCCUGCCUGGGGGACCUGAUCUCAAUUCUGAGGCUGCCUGGGUGGCUCAAAGGACUGCUGGCGUUCAUGCUGAAGCCUCUGCAACCAAGGUUGGCAGCUUUUCUCCACAACAUGAAGUCUCGGUCGGCUGGAAAGCUCUGGGAACUGCAGCACGAGAUUGAGGUGUACCGUCAGUCUGUGAUUGCCCAGUGGAGAGCACUGGACCUGGAUGUGCUGCUCACCCCCAUGUUGGGCCCUGCUCUGGAUCUGAAUGCCCCAGGCAAGGCCACAGGAGCUGUCAGCUACACUCUGCUCUACAACUGCCUGGACUUCCCUGCUGGGGUGGUGCCUGUCACCACGGUGACCACUGAGGACGAAGCCCAGAUGGAGCAUUAUAAGGGCUACUUCGGGGAUCUCUGGGACAAGGUGCUGCAGAAGGCCAUGACGAAGAGCGUGGGGCUGCCUGUGGCCGUGCAGUGCGUGGCUCUGCCCUGGCAGGAAGAGUUGUGUCUGCGGCUCAUGCGGGAGGUGGAGCGAGUGAUGACCUCUGAAAGGCAGCGAUCCUGACUGCUGCCCGCCCACCCUCCUGCCCAUCUGGUUCCAGAGGACCUGAGACCCAUUGGAUCUACACCUAGAGUAGUCAGGGCACGGCUGCCACCCUGUGAGGAAGUGUUCAGCCUGGGGCAGAGGCUCCCAAGUCUCUCCUCUCGCCCCUACAAGAAGCCCAGACCCUCUGAGUCCGGACCCUACUCCCUGCUCUGGCCACCCUCUGCCCUGACCCCUCCAUGUAGCAACCAGUGGGCAUAACAUGGGCAGAGACCCACUAACAGUCAAGAA